AGUCGAAUAAACAAUAUAAUUUAUGCUGCUUCCAACACACGUACAAGCGCACAAUGUCAUUGUGGUCCGGAACCACUCUCCUGAAGGCGCGCCUCGCAAUCCCCAUCCAAUAUGACAUCUACUUCUGGCAGACCAACUCCCCGCCAACCCACACCGCCCUGAUAUUUCUAUCAUCGCUGGAGUAUAGCCACUUAGCGACCUUCUCCUCCCAGCUCUCGCAUCCGAAAAAGUCCACUUUGCCACCAAUUCUGGUCUUUUUCCAUUCGUGAUGGACUCCGAUUGGCAUCUCCUCAACGCCCCCGGUAGCCUCCCCGUUUUGAGUCUUUUUCCCUUCGUGAUGGACUCCAGUUAGCAUCUCCCCGACAUCCCCAAUGGCCUCCCCGUUUUGAUGGUAGGGGACUUCAUUAGCGCCGACAAGGAUAGCAUCCCAAACCAUGCCCACUCCAAAACCUCCCACUUUCCCUUCCAACCCCAAUACCUCCGCUCCGCCCCUCGUCGCAAGCCAAAGUGCCUCCGCCACCGAAAUCUUACUCUUGUUACCCUUCCCGCCUUCUGCCACACUCCGCGAGACCAAGCACGCCAUCCUCGCCGCUUCGAGCACAUUCACGUCGUACCCGCCGGAAACAUCAGUUCCGAGACCCACCUUAACGCCCUCGUCGAGCAAGCGCCUGACCCAAAGAUCCCCACUCCCCAGCGCCAUAUUGCUGACCGGGCAAUGCGAAAUCCCACUCCCCCUGCUCUUGACGAGCGCGAUCUCCUCCUCGGUCAGGUGGAUCGCAUGCGCGAGCACAGUCCUGGGCGUGAGUAACUUAUACACAUCGUAGACCUGCGCAUAACUGCUGCACUCCGGGAAUAGCUUUUUGACAAGUUCAACCUCGCUCUUGUUCUCCGAGAUGUGGGUCUGGCAGAGUA